AUGGAAAAUGAAAUUGAUGAUGAUGAAUUGGCAGCAAUACUUGCUGCAGAUGAGCAAGAACAACAACGAGAAGAAGAAGAGGCACAGAAGAAAAACGAAGAAUUAACACGAAACCUAUCGUUUUCAGAACAAGCUGAAACAAUGACACGUGAACAAUUAGUUGAAUUAGCAUGUGCGCUUGUUGAUAAGCCAAAAGCAACUUCAAAGAAUUCUACAUACAAAUUUUCUGAUAAGGACAUGGGAGAACUAUUCGGAAGUAAAACAUCAAAUACUCAAAAACAGAUAUUGAAAAUCCAACAAUCGUCGACAUUAGCCACGUUAACAACUGGCUCAACAUCACAAUCAAUAAUUACACCAUCAGUUUAUAUUGAUCCAACAACACAUAUUCGUAUAGGUACACUUAAUUAUACGCCAAGUGAAAUAAAAUUGAAAUUAUCUGCAACCAAAUUUAUUCGUUUAUUUGAAAUUGAUAAACAACCUCCACCGAUGCCUGCCGAAUGGUGUACAAUGGCUGUAUUAAUUAGUAAAUCGGAUGUGAAACAAGCCAGUAAUGGUUCAACAUAUAGUAUUUGGCGUAUAACAGAUUUUAAAACAACAAUAAAUAUGUUUCUAUUCGGGGACGCACAUCAAUCAUUGUGGAAAACCACUUUAUCAAGUGUUUUACUUAUAUAUGAAGGUGAUGCAAAAAAGCCGGGACAAUUAUCAAUAAAAUAUGAACGAAAUAUUUCAAUACUGGGUUCAAAUCCUGAUUUAGGUCAAUGUAAAGCCAAAACAAAGUCUGGCGAACAAUGUAAAAUGUUUGUCAACCGACACGAAUGUGAAUAUUGCGUUACACAUGCUCAUCAACUGCAUAGAAGUGGUCAGCAAAAUGUAAAUAAAUUUAAUGUUGGAAAUAAUUCGAGAAUGAAUUUACAAAGUACUGGUUCAUUUGUACCUAAGAAAUUUGCUGGUAGUAGUGGUGGUGGAAGUAUGAGCUCAUCAUCAUCAUGGUCAAAAAGUUCAUCAAAGACAACAUCAAAAAAUAUGAAUCAAUCAUCAAAGCCAUCGAGCAGUGAACUUAAUACUAAAGAAAAAUCUAUGCUUGUCAUGUUAGGUAUCGAGGAUGAUCCAUUGGUAUGUCUAAGAACACAAGAAAGCAAAGGUUUAGCCGAUUCAAUGGCGGAUGUUCGUGAACUUUAUGAAGCUAAACAAGCAGCUGGUAAAGUGAAGAGAAUAAGAUAUGAUGAACGAAAGACUCGAGAUGAUGAUACGACAACUUCGAUUCGAUCUUAUCCAUUGUCUGCAACGAAAUCACCUACACGAGAAGUAAAAAAUUCACCACUGAAUGAAAUACGUUCUCAAUCUGUCAUUAAAAAGAUUUCUUCACCCAAACAAUUUGUUGAUUUAACAAAAACAGCUAGUUCUGAAGCAAUUACUAAUGCUAAACAACGUGCAAUUGAUAUACUUAAACAGCGUCUUGCUCAAAAACAGAUUAGACCAGGCAAUGGACAAUCGUUGAUAUCUGCUGAUGCAAUUGUUUCUUCGUCACCAAAACGAUCCAAUAGUGAUACGGAUUCGGAUCUUUCAUCAAAGCGUCUUAAAACAUUUACUAAUAAUUCUGAACCAGUUGAUGAAAAACGUUUUCUUGAUGUAAUAAAUAUGAAAUCAUCGCAUUCAGAUUUAUAUAGUCAAAUGACGCUCGACGAAAUGUUUGAACGCUAUCAAAAGAAAGAAAAUAUUGAAGAAAAACUCCUUCAAGUAAUGGAACGUGACAUUAAAGUUGUUGUUUGCCGUCAAUGUCAUUAUACAGCAUAUAAACAAUCAAUAUUAUGUAAACAAAAACAACAUUACGUUAAAAUAUGUGAAGUAAAACAAAAAUUUUUCGAAUGUGUGGAAUGUCAUAAACGUGUUUUCACUUGGUCGCAAUAUCCAGUUGAUAAUUGUACAAAUUGCCAUAGUUUAAAAGGUUUUCGUCGUACAGCUUUAAUUCGCGAGCGCCAUGGAGCAAAAUUUGAUGAUGAAAUAUUAUUAUUACGUGGUGAAGAAGAAAAAUUUCUUAAUUCGUUUGUUAGCCAUGAAAAAUUACCCGAUAUUGUCGAUUAA